AUGCUCAUCAAGUUCAUCCCCGAGGCCCCGCAGCCGACCGUCCUCUUCUCGCUCGCCUUCCCCGAGCUCGAGGAGCGCGGCGUGCAGAAGCCCCACGCGUGGAACAUCCAGCUGAGCGCGCUCUCGAACGAGGACCUCGAGGUCCCCAGCGACAGUCACGCGCUCGACAAGGCAGCCGGCAUCCCGAGCCUCCUGGAUGAGGUUCUGUUCGAUGUUCCCGCACGCGCGGUGUCGUGUCGCUACCAGGACGGCGCGGUCUUGCAGUGGCGGAUGGAGGGUGUUGAAUGCCUGCGCGCGCUCAGCAGGGUGCUGGAGGACGUCAACGAGUCCGCAGCGCAGCAGGAACGCGACGAGCAGCGCUCGAGGGCGGAGCAGAAGAAGGCGGCAGGUCAAGAGUCGCUCAACUCUCCGCCGGCGACAGCCAAGACGCACCGGCACAAGAAGCAGAGGUCGCUGCUUAUGUCCCUUGUUGCGUCCAUAGUUCCCCACCACUCUCAUAGUCGGUCCACCCCCUCAUCACCGACGACCCCGUCACUCCCUUCCACAUCUGAAGCCAGCACCCCGCAAGACGACUUCAUGCUCGCACUGCAGGCCUCGCAAACCGUCAAGCAGCCCGGCCUAUCCCCGCGAGCGCUUCGACGUCGCGCGCGCUCCACCCUCGUGGACGCUUUCCGCCGCUUUGUCCUUCCGGAGCUAUCCAGACGAUUUCCUGUCCAUGGGUACUACGUCUGGGUUUUGCAAAGCAUGCUUCGCCGCACCCUCGCGCGCAUGUCAGAGCUUGUCGACAUGUUCGGUGGCCGGGUGCCCGAUAUGCGCCCGGGUAUGCACUUCCUGCCCGACACGUCGGUCCCUUCGUCGAUCUUCUACUCCUCGGAUGAGGAGGAUGGGGACAACGAAUCGACAGAUGACGAGAGCUCCGUGCAUACACCAUCGUCCGCACACUUUGGCUCGAUCCCGGCUCGGCACCACCUAACGUCUACGUCCUCCUACCACACCUGCCGCUCAACAACGACGCUUCCUCCCGCGGAAGUCGCAGAGUACCGUGGCUUCUUUGAGCUGACGCGCCGCCUACGCUCUCUGCUUCUCGCCUGCCAUGUCCGCCAGGAGCAGAUGCAGAAUGAGCAGCGCCACCGCGAGGCCGUCCUCGAAGUCCGCUCACGGCGCCGCGCAUGGCUCAACCGCGCCCUCGUCCCCGGGCGUAUCGGUGCGAUCUCGCAAUCCGGCCUCGCGAUGCCCUUCCAGAGCUCGCGGCUCGCACAAGCAGUGUGGACGGCAGACGACUGGGAGUACGCGCCGGAUCCUCCCCGCGACGCGCUCGCGGAGCUGAUCGCGUGCGGCGAGGAUGUGAGCCGGCUGACGGCGGGGCUGCGGCGGACACGCUCGACCGCGAGCGACAUGCUGUUCCCCGUGUCGGAGGUCGACGGCGAGUGCGAGGACGAGGACGCGGCGGCGCGCGAGUUCGAGCUCGAGCUGGGCAUGGGCGACCUGUCGCUGACGGACGAGCCCGUGCCGGUGCCCUCGCUCGCGGAGGAGCGCGUGCCGUGGGCGGCUGGUGGGAGCGACUCGGACGAGGAGCCCGUGGCGCUGCAGGCGCCGCCUCUGGUCCCGCGGCGGCGCACGCGCAGUAUGCACCAGCAGCGGAUGGACGUGAAGACGCCCGCGCAGCUGGGGAUCGUGCAGCCGUCGGCGGGUGUGACCGAGUUCGGUGCGCUCAAGCCGCUGUCGCAGGUGGAGAGGGUGCUUGGGGAGGAGGACGAGUUCACGCUGGGGAUGGACGUGCCGGUGUCGGUGGGGCGAUAG